CCAAUCUGGGAGGUUUGUGGUUGAAUUAGAUCUCAUACUGCAACUGGGCAUAAAGUGAAGUUGGACAAGCUUUUGCAAGACAAAACAAGUAAAGAAGAUGGUGUUGCUCAAGUCUGAAAACGUCCAGAGGGUAUGGGAUACAUGGAAUAUCAGAGGAUUGAUUAUUCUAAGUUUCUUGGUCCAGUCUUUCUUAGUUCUGUUUGCACCAUUGAGGAAAGCAAGAGGCGGGAAAUGGGUCGUUAUGAUUUGGAUGGCAUACUUGCUUGCAGGCUGGGUUGCUACAUUUACCACUGGACUCAUCGUACGGGGUGAACGUAGUGAGGACAUCCUGGCCUUGUGGACACCCUUUCUUCUGUUGCAUCUUGGUGGCCCUGACCUUAUUACUUCCUUCUCUUUGGAGGACAAUGAAUUCUGGAUUAGGCACGUAAUUAGGCUUAUUUUACAGGUUGGUUUAACUAUCUAUGUUAUCCUUCAGUCACUCCCAGGGAACAAGCUUUUACUCCCAGCCUUCUUGGUGUUAAUUGCAGGCACAAUCAAAUAUGGAGAGCGAAACCGUUCUUUUUUUCUUGCAUCUAUUGACAAUUUUGGUGAUCAUUAUUGGUGGAAGCACUGGUCUGGUAAUGUCGUUUAUCUUUACUUUCAACGUACAAUUCGUAAACUAAAGUCUCUUGAUGUAACAAAUUCGGACGGGCCAUUGGCUGUGUUUGGCAUUCUCAAGAGCCUAAUUGUAGGUCCUCGCGUGCCUUCAAAACAAAAAUAUUUAAUUCUAUCAACAAUUUGUGAUUCAAAUUCAGAUGAAGUGCUUCAAAACAUAGAGAUGAGUCUAAGCCUCUUGUAUGAUCUUCUUCAUACCAAGUUACGCGUAACUACUUCCAGUAUUGGAGGCUUGUGUCGCUUUGUUGAUUUUGGUUGCAUCUUGGGAGCUUUGAUGUCAUUCUCAAUACUUAAGAAGCACUACAGGUUGGGUGAGUUCGAUGUAUGGUUAACCUACGUGUUGCUUAUUGGGGCCUUGGCAUUGGAAUUAAUUUCUUUCAUUUUUCUCAUCAUCAUGCUCCGUGAUAUGAGAGGUACUCCUUUUGUCAACUUGCCUAGGUGGUCUAACUCUGUUACCCAAUUAAAUUUUAUUACUUCUCAUUUCAAGGACUAUCCAGUUUGGUUCAACAUGUUGGUUGAUUAUCUUGGUAUAAAGAGUUUGUUCGAUGUCAUAAAAAGAAUUCGAUGUGCACAAUCCGAAAAAUUCAGAGCAGACCAAGAGUGGCAGUUCAUUUUUACACAACUGUGGGGAUCCGUUACUAUUGCAGAUAAUGAACAGGGAAAUGGCAAGAAAAUUCAUGCUGAGGGAUAUGGUGGAAUUCUCAAAAUUAAUAACAAUCUCAAUUGGAGCAUCAAGAAGUUUGACUACAUGGAAAGCCUUGUAAUGUGGCACAUAGCCACUGAAAUAUGCUACCGAAGCAGUCGUCCAAAUAACUGCACAAGCUCUCCCUCUACAUCCAGCAGUAUUGAUCCCAGGGAAAUAUGUAAGUCACUCUCGGAGUAUAUGUUUUACCUGUUAGUGGCAGAGCCCAGCAUGAUACCCACCCCGUCGCCUGACAAAUUGAAGGAUGUAUUUCGGGGAGCAUAUUAUGGCAAAAAAAUAAAAACCUGGAAGUGGCCAGAUGAAAAGGAAUUCAGCCCUAAAACAUUUGUUUUAAGUCUGGAAAAGCUAUUGGACAAAGAAAAAGAAGAUGUGGACAAGUUAUUGAUGAAAAUAAACACAGAUAUGGAAACGGAAAGCCCAAGCGCUGAAGAUGAAGAGAAAAAAGACAGAGAUAAGAAAAAAGGCAGGGAUAAUUUUUCCAGGAUAACUGCUGCAUGUUAUCUUGCCAACAAGCUGCUCGAUGAGCCCGGUGGCUGUCCGUGGGAGUUAAUGAGCAAAGUUUGGGUAGAAUUAGUAUGCUAUGCUGCUAUUAAUUGCAAACCAAUUGUGCAUGCACGGCAAGUAAGCAAAGGGGGACAGCUUCUCACUUUGGUUUGGUUAUUGAUGAAUCUCAUGGGAUUAACUCGUGCAAAGGAAUGGCGUGCAGUAGAGGGCAUAGAAUUUGAUUUUGACUAGAAAGGAUCACUUAGCGACUCUCUUGAAACCAUUUUUUUUUUCUCUUUCUUUCUUUAUCCAUUUUCUGACUUCUUAAUUGUUUCUUGUUUUGUGUAUUGCACUCUAUAUCAUCACAAGGUUGUCUUACUGUUUGGAAACCUGUAUUUUCUUUUU